AAACAACAAACCUUCCCUCUUACUGUAACCCUUUCUCGUCUCGAUUAGGGUUAAGAAUAUUAGGCGAAAGGUAUCUCAUCUUCUACACACACACAAACCAACAACCCCUCGAUCAUGGAUGUGUUGAAGAAGCGACGGCUCGACGAGAACGGCAUCGGGCUCCUCAACGACGGACACAUCACCACUCGAUUGACCCCACACGACGCUAGGAAGAUCAUCGAGCGAUUCUCCAACGAUCAGCUUCUCGACAUCUUACAAGAGGCCGUCGCUCGACAUCCCGACGUUCUCGAGCUCGUGAGAUCAACCGCCGACUCCGACGUCUCUCAGAGGAAGCUAUUCAUCCGCGGCCUCGCGGCGGAGACGACGACGGAAGGUCUCCGAUCGCUUUUCUCCACUUACGGAGAUCUCGAGGAAGCGAUCGUGAUUCUCGAUAAAGUUACGGCGAAAUCGAAAGGGUACGGGUUCGUGACGUUCAAGCACGUGGACGGAGCUCUCCUCGCUUUGAAGGAUCCGUCCAAGAAGAUCGACGGGCGCGUGACGGUCACGCAGCUCGCGGCGGCCGGGAAUCAAGGCACGACGGCUCAUGUUUCGGAUAUAUCGACGAGGAAGAUUUAUGUGGCGAAUGUGCCGUUUGAUAUGCCUGCGGAUAGGUUGUUGAAUCAGUUUCUUGCUUAUGGAGAUAUCGAAGAAGGUCCUUUGGGUUUUGAUAAAGUCACUGGGAAGUCACGAGGGUUUGCUUUGUUUGUGUAUAAGACUUCUGAAGGUGCUCAGGCGGCGCUUGCUGAUCCUACAAAGGUUGUUGAUGGGAAGCAUCUGCAGUGUAAGUUGGCUAUAGAUGGGAAGAAAGGAAAGCCGCCUGGUCAAGAUGGUGGUGUUGCUGGGCCUGGAGGACAUGGUCACGGUGAUGGAAUGGGGAUGGUGCCUCCUCCUGGACCUUAUGCUGUUGGUCACGGUGGACCUGGUGGGAUGGGUCCUUACGGUGGGUACUCGGGAGGACCACCGCCGCAUCAUAUGAAUUCCACACCAUCUUCUAUUGGUGGUGGUGCUUCUGCUGGAGGAGGAGGUGGUGGUUAUGGAGGUGCAUAUGCUGGUCAUUACAGUGGAUACGGUGGUGCAGGAUCUGGAGGUUAUGGAUCAAUGGGUGGUGCCGGUGGUGGUUAUGGUGGGCCAGGUGCUGGAAGUGGUCCGUAUAGAAUGCCGCCAAGUUCGAUGUCUGGUGGUGGUUAUCCAGAGAGUGGGCAUUAUGGGCAUUCGUCAGCUUCAGCAUAUCCUGGACAGCAUCCGGCUGUUGGUUCCUCCGCAGUGCCGAGAGUUCCUCUUGGAGGAAUGUACCCCAACGGUCCACCAAAUUACUGAAUGGUUUGUGACAGGAAGAAGAUGCAUUUUGUGCUUAGUGGUGAUUACGUGAUUGCAGCUUCUUUAAAAAUCUCUGGAUUGAUGAAUGUAUUGCUGCUUUGACAUCUGUGUCUCUCUCUCUCUCUCUCUCUCUGCACUUGAACUGAAUGUGCCUUGGCCUCUGAAUGCCUAGUUACUCUAUGAAUGAUUAGACUAGCCUGUAUUUUUCUCUCUUUCAUAGACAUAGUUGGCAGAUGAAUUGUUUUGUUUGUCAGAUUAGUGAGUUUUCAAUAACAUUUACUGUAUUCUUCUCUA